CUAAACUGUGUUAGGUAUGUAUGACUAACAAUGGUUGCGAUAUUCUCUUCCUGUUUCAGAUAUUUAAAUGUUACAAGAUAGUCGCGACUUCAAGUUGUCAUCAUUUAGACUAAGACCACUUAUAGACAAAAUGAUAUUUCGGAUCUUUGCUCUACUUUGCCUGACACGAUCAUGUACGGCAGUGACAGUCCUUGUAGACGGAAACGAGGUUGACUGCGUUCCAAAACUGUGCUUGCUGUAAAAAAGAAGGCUUAGGAUGUGGUCAUAAUCCAUCGGUUGGUUAUAACUAUUGUGUAAGUGGUUGCGUGGACGGAAUAUUUUGUCAUAGAUGCAAACAAUUUUGUAAAGGUAACUGCUUGACGUGCGAACAGGCGCAUGGUGAGCAAUGUCACAGUUGUCAAGAUACCUUUUAUGAAGCACUAAGUAACUGCACCAAGAAAUGUUCUGUUGGUUGUGAAAAGGGGAUAUGUGAUGACGAUGGAUCAUGCAGUCCAUGUAGGGAAAGCUUUGAAGGAAACAAGUGUCAGACAUGCAUUCAAGGAAAAUACGGUACAACUUGUUCUUUAAACUGUCGUCAUGAGAAUUGCCAUUGUACACGUAUUGAUGGCUGUGUUUCAUGUAAAACGGGAUUUUAUGGCAAAAACACCUUCUGUCAAACACCUUGUUCCCCCGGAUGCAGAAAUGGAGUUUGUAAUGUCGAUGGAACUUGUGACUGUAUCUCACCAUUUACUGGCAGUAAAUGCAGUGAAUGUUCGGCGGGAACUUUUGGAACAAACUGCGAUGAAAUGUGUUCCGUAGGCUGUGAUAAUAAACAGUGUUCAAAAGAUGGCUUUUGUUCCUGUAGAGCCAAUUUUAAAGGAAUUAAAUGUGAUUUGUGUACUGAUGAAAGCUACGGAGAAAACUGUGAUAAACUAUGCAGUAUCGGUUGAGCAUCAUCGUCAUGUGAUAUAAAUAACGGAUUCUGUGAAUGUGAUCCUAAUUUCACUGGCGAUAAAUGCGAACAAUGUAAAUUCGGCGUUUAUGGAAAAUCAUGUAACAUUCCUUGCUCAAAAAAUUGCGUCGAAAAAACAAUGUUCCAAAGAGGUGGGUAAAUGCAUAAUGGGUUGUGUUGAUCGAUACUCUGGUGACAAUUGUACAACCCCCUGCGAUUUUACUUGCGAAACAUGUCUACAAAAUGAUACACUUCACUGCCUGUCAUGCUACAAUGGAUACACUGGAACAGCCUGCCGAUGUCCUCCUAACUGUAAAUGUGCAAGUAGAUCUGGUAUAUGUGCAUCAUGUAGGGAGGGUUACGCUAAUCCUGAACAACAAUGUAAGUGUCAGUCACAAUAUUGCAUCGGGGACAGUUGUAAUGAAUGCAUUGACAAAACGUACUAUGCUAACAACGCAGCGUGUUGUAAAUGUCCAGAGAAUUGCAAAGGUGGUGUAUGCAAGAGUGGACCUGAGUGUAUAUCCGGUUGCCUUGAUGGAUUUUACGGUCUCGAUUGUUCUAUACGUUGUUCGUCCUUAAAUGCCAACUGUUCAAUAUGUAACAGGAGUGAUGGUAUGUGUCUUGAAUGUAAAAACGGACUUUAUCCGCAUGACAAUGGAAGUUGCAUCAGUUGCAAUAGUAAUUGUAAAAACAUGCAGUGCAAUUCUGAAACAGGCGAGUGUACAAAUGGCUGUGUGGAAAUGUUUUGGGGAAGCAAAUGCGGUAGGAAUUGCAGUUUAGAUUGUGAAACAUGUCAUCAGCAUUCCGGUGUGUGCGAUUCAUGUAGAUAUCAAACAGUCCAUGGAGUUUAUUGCAAUGAAUCAUGCAGCUCUUCGUGUAAAGAAGGCAAAUGCGAUCACAGAACUGGCUAUUGUUUAAAAGGUUGCAUUGGACAUUUAUUCGGCAUUCUGUGCCAAACGAACUGCCCUGAAAAUUGUCAGAAAAGUGGUUCUGACACGAGUUGUAAUGCCGAUGGGUUCUGCACAUUUGGCUGCAUUGAUGGCUAUGUCGGGGAUGAUUGUUCAAACGCAGUAAGCGCCGGACCACCAGUAGCAGCAAUUGCUGGAGGUUUAAUUGGAAGCGCAGUAGUCAUUAUUGGCAUCGUUGUUGCAUUAUUCGUCUUUCGACGAAGAUCCGCUCGCCAGUCCGCGUCCAGCAAAAACAAACAAAACAGCAACACAACAUUUCUGGGUAACAUUACUGAGGACGAAAACAAAGACACAAACGAAGACCAUAUCAAGAGGAAAUCAACACAACAAAGUCUAGCUUUGUCCCUGCCAUCAGCAAACAAACUCAUACCAAUACAGAAACAACCAUCGACUCAUGUUGUGUCUGCAUCAGAAAUCGAGACUGACCUUGAGAUAGGUGAGUUUUACAAAGAAAUUUAG